AUGGGGUCAUUAAUGGGGACUGAGCUUAUGCGGAUAUGUGUUAAAGAAGAUAAUGAUGAUUUUCCAUCAGUUCCACCAGGUUUUGAGUCAUAUACAUCUUUCGCACUGAAGAGGGUGGAAGAGAAUGAGAAACAGAAUGAUAAAAAUCCGACCAGUUCUUCUACAAGUGCUUGUGAAUCACAGUCAACUCAGGUUGGAAAUGGUGUUCAAUUUAGUGAUACUGCUAAGGUUUCUAGAUCCCUUCGACGAAGACCAUGGAUUAACCAUGGAAAGUGUGAGAACGGUUCCGAUGAAGACUUUGAUUCUGAGCGGCAUGAUCAAAAUUUCUCCUCGACACCAUGUCUUCCUAAAGGAGUAGUUAGAGGAUGUCCAGAUUGCCGUAAUUGCCAAAAGGUCAUUGCCAGAUGGAAACCAGAAGAUGCUCAUAAGCCAAAUCUCGAGGAUGCUCCUGUUUUCUACCCCACUGAAGAGGAAUUUCAAGAUACUUUGAAAUACAUAUCAAGUAUUCGCUCAAGAGCUGAACAAUAUGGAAUUUGUCGUAUUGUUCCCCCGCGUUCAUGGAAACCCCCUUGUCCUCUCAAGGAAAAAAAUAUAUGGGAGGGUUCUAAAUUUGCUACCCGUGUUCAGAGAAUCGACAAACUUCAGAAUCGUAAUUCAGGGGCAAAGAAGUCAAGGAUUCAAAAUAAUUUGAAAAGGAAGAGGAGAUGCACGAGAAUGGGAGUGGAUAUUGGAACUGGAACAGAGCCUAAUGCAGUAUUUUGUGAAGCUGAAAGGUUUGGGUUUGAACCUGGCCCAGAGUUUACCUUGGAAACAUUUAAGAGAUAUGCAGACGAGUUUAAGGCCAAAUACUUCAGAAAUGAUAAUUUAUCUCAUCCAAGCACUAAUACAACAAUUUUAAAUGGUAUCUCAGAUCCUUCUGUGGAGAAUAUUGAGGGUGAAUACUGGCGGAUGGUCGAGAGUCCUACUGAAGAAAUUGAGGUGCUUUAUGGAGCUGAUCUGGAAACUGGGAUUUUUGGGAGUGGUUUUCCCAGCAAGUCUAAUCAAGUUUCUGUUUCAUAUGAUCAAUACAUAAAAUCUGGCUGGAAUUUAAAUAACUUUGCGAGGUUACCUGGAUCUCUGCUCUCUUAUGAAACCAGUGAUAUAUCUGGUGUUGUAGUGCCAUGGUUGUAUAUAGGAAUGUGCUUUUCCUCAUUUUGUUGGCAUGUGGAAGAUCACCAUCUAUAUUCAUUGAAUUAUAUGCAUUGGGGUGCUCCAAAAAUGUGGUAUGGUGUCCCUGCAAAAGAUGCAUGCAAAUUGGAAGAGGUCAUGCGAAAGCAUUUACCUGAACUUUUUGAAGAACAACCUGACUUGCUUCAUAAGCUGGUCACACAACUCUCUCCUUCUAUUCUUAAGUCAAAAGGUGUGCCAGUUUAUAGGUGUGUCCAAAACCCUGGAGACUUUGUUUUGACAUUUCCUCGAGCCUACCACUCAGGGUUCAAUUGUGGCUUCAACUGUGCUGAGGCUGUUAAUGUAGCUCCUGUUGACUGGUUGCCCCAUGGACAUAUUGCUAUAGAGCUGUACCGGGAGCAGGGGCGCAAGACUUCCAUAUCUCAUGAUAAGCUAUUGCUUGGGGCUGCUAGGGAAGCAGUACGAGCCCAGUGGGAGCUUGCUUUGCUGAAGAAAAACACUUUGGAUAAUCUAAAAUGGCGAGAUGUUUGUGGAAAGGAUGGUCUUUUGGCAAAAGCGUUCAAGGCACGUGUUGAGAUGGAGCGAGUAAGAAGGGAAUUUCUUUGCAGUUCUUCAAAGGCAUUAAAAAUGGAGAGUAGUUUUGAUGCUGCAAGUGAAAGGGAAUGUAACAUCUGCUUUUUUGAUUUACACCUAUCUGCUGCUGCCUGUCAUUGUUCCUCAGAUAGAUAUGCUUGCUUGGAUCAUGCAAAGCAGUUUUGUUCAUGCUCUUGGAACUCCAAAUUUUUCCUCUUUCGUUAUGAUAUUAGUGAACUAAAUGUUCUUGUUGAGGCAUUGGAAGGAAAAUUAAGUGCAGUUUACAGAUGGGCAAAGUUACAUCUUGGGCUGGCACUAACUUCAUAUGUCUCAGUUGAUAAAAGAACAGUUGUUCAGGAAUUGAAAUCGCAUUCAUCCAACUCGUCGCAUUCUUCCGGGGUCAACAUGAAUAAAGAAGUGGCUUUGCAUCCAUCAAAUAAGUUUAUUGACAAUUCGCAAUUGACCGAUGCUCCAAUAGUGGAUCGAGCAACUUCAGCAAAUAGCAAGGAUCAGAGCUAUCUUAAACAGGCGAAAUCAGCAGAAAUUGUAUCUCCUUUGAGUCACACAAAGGAACUAUCAAUAUUUAAUAGCUCUAAACCUACAUGUGAAAUAGCUAAUCGUAAAAUCUGUGUUAUUCAAGAAGAAUCUGUUAUUUGCAAAUCAAAGCCGAAUGCUCCUGUAUGUCAAUUAAAUGUAGAGGAUUCUUCAUAUGCUUUAUCUCCGCCUUUAGCUCAACAUGAAGAUGAGAAAAGUUCACAUUGCAGACCCGAUGAUAUCAUACUUCUUAGUGAUGAUGAAGAUGAAGAAAUGAAGAUGCCAGAUUCAAAUAGAAGGAAGGAGGUUCCUCAAAUGCUUGCUGGUUCUAGAAAUAAAGCAAGCCCGUGUAGUGAUAUAGAAUAUAAAAGCUUGACCAUCCCUUUGACAGAUGCUUCUGUGGUGGGUGAGAAGGAGGCUAUUAUGCUGCCUCGUGAAGAUCCGGGUUCGUGUUCAACUCAGCUUUUGCAUAUGAAACAAGAACCUCAUGAACAGAGAGGACCAAAUCUACCUUCUACCCCAGUAGAUCUUUCUUUUCAUAUAGGUCUUACUAGGGCAGAAUCAGUAAGGAACGUUCCAGCUUCUUCAAGAGGGGAGGCUAGUGAUCAUGGUUUGGAAAGUUUGGAGGUUUGUCCUCUGAAACCACAACCUUCCGGCACUAUUAAGGCUAAGAGUGAGGAUAAUCAUGAGAAGUUAGGUGGUUGUUCCACUUCUAAUGUAGCAGAUAAUGCAAGAGCUAUUAAUGGAAACAUCUCGUGUGGUCCAAAUAAUUACCGUCAGAAAGGUCCUCGUAUUGCAAAGGUUGUACGUCGUAUCAACUGCAAUGUCGAGCCUUUGGAAUUUGGAAUUGUACUUUCUGGAAAGUCAUGGUGCAGCAGUCAGGCUAUUUUUCCAAAGGGAUUUAGAAGCCGUGUUCGAUAUAUAAAUGUCUUAGAUCCAUGCAGUACAUGUUACUAUCUUUCAGAAAUUCUUGAUGCUGGACGUGGGUCGCCUCUAUUUAUGGUUUCCUUGGAAAAUAGUCCAAAUGAGGUCUUCAUUCAUAUGUCAGCAACAAAAUGCUGGGAUCUGGUUAGAGAGAGAGUGAAUCUAGAGAUAGCAAAACAACAUAAGCUGGGAAAAAAAGGUCUUCCUCCUUUACAUCCUCCUGGAAGCCUUGAUGGCUUUGAAAUGUUUGGAUUUUCUUCACCAGCAAUAGUGCAGGCUAUUGAGGCACUAGAUCGAAGUCGAGUUUGUAAUGAAUACUGGGACUCUCGGCCAUUCUCUCGGCCUCAAGGGCAGCUUUUACAAGCUGGCCAGACCACUGUGAAUGGUGGAGGUGGGAACGAUCAGGGGGUGACCACAAAUCAGAACACACCCGUUGGAACCGUUGCAGCAGUAAAGAGACUAUUUAAAAAGGCGAAUGCUGAAGAAUUGAACUCUCUGUACAGCAUUCUUACUGACAGUAAGCCGGCAGCUGAACAGAUCCCAAUUAGGCAAAUUCUCUUUGAAGAAAUUCACAAAACCCAACCACCCUAG